AAACAGCAAACAGCCCAACAGCGAUCAAUUCAAUUUUUAAAAAUGGCCGAUAACGCAGCAGGGAAUUGGUGUCUAAUUGAAAGUGAUCCUGGUGUAUUUACUGAAUUAAUAAAAGAAUUUGGUUGUUCAGGAGUUCAAGUGGAGGAACUAUGGAGCUUAGAUUCAGAAGAUUUUGAUAAGCUCAAGCCUAUUCACGGAUUAAUAUUCUUAUUCAAAUGGGUUCCUGAUGAUGAACCAACGGCUUCGGUUGUCAAGGAUAACCGGCUUGAAAAAAUAUUUUUUGCCAAACAGGUUAUAAACAAUGCUUGCGCAACACAAGCCAUCCUCAGUAUACUGCUUAACUGUAAACACCCGGAUCUAGUGCUUGGUUCUACGCUGACAGAAUUUAAAGAUUUCAGUCAGACAUUUGAUUGCUAUCUGAAGGGACUUGCACUCAGCAAUUCACAGAAGAUACGAUCCGUGCAUAACUCUUUUGCAAGACAAACGCUGUUCGAAUUUGACUCGAAGUCGGCGUCAAAGGAUGACGAGACGUACCACUUUGUCGGAUACGUGCCGAUCGACGGCCGUCUGUACGAGUUGGACGGCCUCAAGGAAGGACCCAUCGACCUUGGCCCGAUUCCCGCCGACUCGGCCGAGUCCGACUGGACACAAGUCGUCAAACCAAUCAUCGAGAAGCGCAUCAAAAAGUACAACGAGGGCGAGAUUCAUUUCAACCUGAUGGCUUUGGUUUCUGACCGCAAGAUGAAAUACGAGAAGAGGUUGGCAGAACUGGAGGGCGUGGCGGGUGCCGAACAAGAGAUCACCAGGUUGCAGCUGCUCAUCGAAGUCGAGGAGACCAAGGUGCGCCAAUACCGAGUGGAGAGUGUGCGACGGAGACACAACUACUUGCCUUUGAUUGUUGAGCUGCUUAAGAUAUUGGCCAGAGAAGGACAGCUGCUGCCUUUGUACGAGAAAGCCAAGCAGAAGUCCAUGGAUAGGCAUGCCAAGAAAGUGAAGACAUCCUGAUUCAACCACAAUUGCUAAUUGGGCAAAGUGAAUAAAAGCGAGUAUGACAAGUAAAUCCUCUAUCAGCAUCAAGAGACAAAUAAACGAAAUAAUCAAAGUGAAUACUCUCAAAUAAAUGCUUGUGAGUCGAGAAAUUCGUAAAUAAAUGCCUGAAUCGGUGUGAGGGUUAGGCUAGCUACACACACAUCGAGUUUUGGUCGUACGAUUUCUUGCCGUCCCUAUAAAUUCGAUUAGAUUAAACAGCUGAUUUCAAACAAAUGAUGUUUGUCAAGUACCGUUUAAUUUAAUGGAAUUUAUAAGCUCGGCAAAAAAUCGAACGUUCAAAAAUCGAUGUGUGUGUAACUGGACUAAAUGCUAGCCAAUCCAUACAAGGCGUUUCUUCAGUCGACCGUGUUAGACUUGGCGUGGAAGUCAAGCACUUGUGCUACUCGUUUUUAUACACUAGGCCCAAUCUAUAUGUUUAUCUCUGUCUCAUGCCUCAGCAAAGCUUAUUUUGUCAAUAAACUAUUCACUCCAA